AUGAUCAUUCUAUGAACAUGACGCAGCCAAAUCAAAUCAAAUUAUUGAAAAAUGCUCUUCGUGCAGACAUUAAAAAUAAAUUAAAACAAUUAACAACAAAAGAACAAGAAAUACAAUCAAAUUCAGUUGUGGAUAAAUUGUUAAAAUCACCAGAAUAUCAAAAUAGUUUUAAUGUUUCAAUUUAUUUGAGUUCCGAUAACGAAAUAAAUACUACUAGAAUCGUACAAAAUGUUUUUGAAAGUGGUAAAAAAUGUUUUAUACCUCGAUAUAAUGGCGAUAACAUGGAAAUGGUGAUAUUACAUUCACUUCAAGAUUUCAAAACACUUCCAGUGACUAAAUGGAAUAUUAAGCAACCAUCUAUUACAGAAUCUAGAACGAAUUGUUUCGAUUGUGGUGGAUUAGAUUUAAUAAUUGUGCCAGGAGUAGCGUUUACCAAAGGAGGUGAUCGACUUGGGCAUGGAAAGGGAUAUUAUGAUCGAUUUUUACAUGAAUGUUAUGGAUUUCAAGCAACAAAACGGCCGAAAACUAUUGCUUUGGCGUUCAAAGAACAAAUUGUUGAAGAUGUUCCAGUAGAAGAAAGUGAUGUGAAAAUUGAUUUAGUUUUAACAGCAGAUUAAUUUUUUUUAAUUACUGCCAAGUCAUUCUGUUCAUUUUAUAUAAUUUACUGUAUUUCAAUAAAGUGAUUAUAAUCAAUUAAAAA